CCAGCUGCGGGACCGGGACUAUGGCUGCAGUGGCUGUGCUGAGGAACGACUCUCUGCACGCAUUCCUACAGGACAGGACACCCAGCGCCUCCCCUGAUGUGGGUAAACAUUCCCCUUUGGCACUUCUGGCAGCUACAUGUAGUCGCAUUGGUCAGCCAGGUGGUGGUCAUGAUUUCCUCCAGAUCCCUUACGAUCCGACCAUUGCAUCCCCAUCCAGGAUUUUCCAUCCAUGGACUAAUGACAUCUCUGCACACUCUCCAGGUGGAAUUCAGCCACACAACAGUAUUGGACUCACCAGCCCAAAAAAUCAGCUCUCUUCUCACAUUCAGACUUCAUUUGUUACUCAUGAGCUGCCCUUGACUCCCCCAGCUGACCCCUCUUACCCCUAUGAAUUUUCACCGGUUAAGAUGUUACCGUCUCCCAUAACGGCCUUCCAGUCUUCGAACUGCCAGUCAGCCUAUGUACCUACUGUUCCGUAUGCUUCUGCAAUUCACGGCUUCGUUCCGAGUCACUCCAACUUGCUCCACCAGCAGCCAAGACAACUGUCCCCUAAUCCAGCAGAAGACAUCCCUUGGUGGAGCAUACAGCAAUCCACCCCAGUCCCUCACCCAUCCCCAAUUGCUCAUGCUCAUCACCACUUUCCUCUUCAGAGAAGCAUAGUGCUUGGACACACAGACUUUGCACAGUACCAGACUCAAAUUGCAGCUCUCCUGCAGACCAAAUCUCCCUUGGCCACAGCCAGGAGAUGCAGAAGGUGCAGAUGUCCGAACUGUCAAUCAUCCAGCGGCCCCGAGGAGCCUGGAAAGAAAAAACAACACAUUUGCCACAUCCCUGGCUGUGGGAAAGUUUAUGGCAAAACCUCACACUUAAAGGCUCAUUUAAGGUGGCAUUCCGGGGAAAGACCUUUUAUCUGUAACUGGUUGUUCUGUGGCAAAAGUUUUACCAGGUCUGAUGAGUUACAAAGACACUUAAGGACUCACACUGGCGAGAAACGCUUUGUCUGCUCUGAAUGUGGAAAAAGGUUCAUGAGAAGUGAUCACUUAGCCAAACACGUGAAAACACAUCAGAACAAGAAGAUAAAAGGGAUUGAGAGGACUGUGAAACAAGAGCACAACCGAGAUCACUAAGGGAAGCUUUAGUGCUCUCUGUAUGUAUAC